AUGCGCAUUCUGCGUCGGCUUUGCUCUGGAGCUUCGGCGCACGACUUUGCGACUAGAAAACGGAGACUGCAGGCGGGAGACACCGGAGAUGUGGGGAUUUCUCCCUGCGCCCUCUGCCUCCCACCACCACCACCACCACCACCGCGGAGGACACGCAGCUUUAAUGAUCUCUUCCUGCCAGCGCGAGUGUGUGUGCGAGUGUGUCCGUGCGGUGCACAGAUGGAGCUGUGCGCUCCGAGUAGUGAAUUCAGGAUGGGUCCCGUUUGGCUUCUUCUUCUGUUUCCGUCCCUUGUCGGAGCGCAGGUGACUCCAAACUUCACAUCAGGAGUCCCGGCGGAGGCGGACAGCAAAGGAACCUGGGACGUCUCCAGCUCGCCCUCCGGUUCCUCCAGACCCUCAGAGACUUCUGGGUUCAUUGGGACGCCCUCAGAAGCUCCCACAGCGGAGGAAGAUGACUGGUCUCCAGCAGAGACCUUUCUGUACACCGGAGAACCCUCCACUCUGGAGGUGGCCCGCUGCUCACGGGCGUACAGCCUGCCAGGGCAGACCGGAUCGCUGCCCACCAGCUUCAGCGCCCCCCUGCGGCCAGCCCUGGACGCACUGGCCAACACGGCCAACUUCCUCAACAUGAUCUUCCAGGCCAGCGACCUGCGGGAGAGCACCGUGCAGGAGGACAUGGAGUGGUACCACGCGAUGGUGCGCGCCCUCCUGGAGACCGACCUGCUCAUCCGACGAGCCGUGCUCACCUUCGACGCUGACCCCACGUCCACGGCGCCGCAGCUGGUGCUCUGCGCCUCCCACAACCCAACGGCCAAGGUGCAGACCAUCAUCCUCCAGGACUUAUCCAAGGCCUGGGAGAGCCUGCACCCGCCCUCCGGCCAGCCGACGGCAUCCCUGUCCAAGCGGGUGCUCCUCAACGACCUCAGCACCUUGGACACGCCCAAGUGGAGGCAGGGCGACAGCUACGUGACCAAUCACAGCGGGGUGCGCCGGGCCAGCGCUCCCUUCCUCGACUGUGAGGACGGACGCUUCGUUCCCGACUGGAUGCUCACCCUGUCCUCGUCCUUCUACGGCCUCAAGCCUGACCUGACGCCAGAGUUCAGAGGUGUGAUCCGUGUAGAUGUCAACAUUCAAGACAUCGACUUGGACCAGUGUGCGACAGGAGACGGCUGGUUUGCCGAUACUCACCAGUGCAACCGCACCACCAUGGAGUGUGUACCAACUCCAGGCCGGGGCUUUCGACUGGGUCAGUACUGCUGCCGCUGUAAAGAGGGUUACUACAACCCAGAGAUAGUGCCUCAAGUCUCAGGUGUCGACGCAGAUGGCGGCCCUUUGAACGGGAGUGAUGGCGCCAAUGGAAAUGGCAAUGGCAGUAUGUGUUACCCGAACAUGCCCAUCUGUCUCCCGUGCUGGCUGGGCUGUAAGAGCUGCCAGGACGGGACGCCCUGCUGGGUGCAGGAGGCCUGGCUGCUUAGGGGCGGCGUGCUGGCCAUCCAGGGCGUCUUCAUGCUCCUCAUCUUCGUCAGCAUGCUGGUGGCCUACAGGCAUCGUCGAAACAGGAGGAUCCGGGCGUCUGGCCUCCUGCUGCUGGAGACGAUCUUGUUCGGCUCUCUGCUCCUCUACUUCCCGGUCUUCAUCAUGUACUUCAAGCCGAGUGCUUUCAGGUGUAUUCUGCUCCGCUGGGUCCGAAUGCUUGGCUUCGCCAUCGUCUACGGGACUGUCACUCUGAAAAUGUACAGGGUGCUGAAGGUGUUCCUCUCGCGCACGGCCCAGAGGGUGCCAUACUUGUCCAGCCUCCACUUGCUGAGGAUUCUGGGAGUGAUGCUGAUGACGGUGAGCUGGUUCCUGUGCGCGUGGACGGUCGGCGUCCUGCAGAACCGCGACAGGAACAUCCCAGUGUUCAUCACAACCUCCACGUCGGACGGCCAGGGUUUCAACAUGUGUUACCUGGACCGCUGGGACUACAUGAUGGCUGUGGCUGAACUUCUGUUCCUGUGCUGGGGCAGCUCCCUGUGGACCGCCGUCAGGCCGGUGCCCUCAGCCUUCCACGAGCCUCGCUACAUGGGCAUCGCCAUCCACAACGAGCUGCUUCUCUCCUCCAUGUUUCACCUGUUCAGGUUCACCUUUCCCUCUCUCCAUCCUGAUUGGAUGUUGCUACUCUCCUUCACACACACCCACGUGACCAUCACUGUGACACUCGCCCUACUCCUCAUUCCCAAGUUUCUAUAUGUGUCUAAGCCGGGAAGAGAGGAGAUUGCAGCAGAGGUGUAUGAAGAUGAAGUGGACCUUCGUCGCUCAGGCUCGUACUUCAACAGCAGUUUUCACUCUGCUUGGAGUGAACACAGUGGCGUGGACCCAGAUGACUUCCGGGAUGAACUGAAGAAGCUAUAUUCCCAGUUAGAAGUCCACAAGACCAAGAAGAUGACAGCAAACAACCCUCAUCUGUCAAAGAAGCGAAGUUCUCGAUGUGCAUUGGGGAGAUCCAUUAUUAGACGCAUUGCUGAGAUCCCAGAAAGCAUGAGCCGGCAGUGCAGCCGCGACGACAAAGAUGGAUCCUCCCAGAGUAGACUCAGUGUGAAACAGUCCGAGUCCUUCAGGAGGGCCCCAGAUACUGUCAGUAUCAGUUACAAAAGUUCAAUGAAAUCACCAUCACGAUCACCAUCCAUGCGCAAGUCCCAAAGUGAUCAUCACUAUGUCAGGGAAAGAGACUCUUCUUUGCAUGACACAAUGUUAAAAGCCAACGCUGUGAAGAGAUCUUCCCGGCGAUCAGAGACAGAUUCCUUGGAUAUUCCACUGGGGGUCUGUAAGUCAGCCAGUGCCCAAAAUCUGUCAAUUGAUACCAAUCUCCUGCAUCCUGAUCACACCAAGCUUCAUAAGUCCUGGAGUCUAACGUCCACGACCACCCAGUCUAUGGAGAACAUACCCAAGGUUAACAAAGCCAGCACAGUGUUGACAAGAUCCAGGCAGAGCAUUUCCAUAAGUGACCAGACCCGGAGUGCUCUCAGUCAGUCAGGGUCAUUUGAUAAGGCUGAAGUCUGUCCUUGGGAGGUGGAGCAAGAACAAUCAGGGGACAAGAACCAGAAGCAUGUCACCUAUGCAAACUCUGAAGAUGUUGAGGACAAAAGGCCACCAUCUCCAAAGACGCUUGUCUGUCCCUGGGAACAUUUACCACCUGUAGAAAAGAAGCCUUCAGAGGAUAAAGGAAUAGGUGAAAGUGAGUCACCAAAACCACAGGCUCCUGUGUCUGCAAGUGCACCAGGGACUCCAAGACCAAAGGUCACAAAAGAUCAACGUGUCUUCUCCUUCCGCACCACCACCACCAAUAAGUGGCUCUCUUCAGGAAAGUGCUUCCACAACGCCAAGAUCGAGAUCAUCUAG